AUGGAAAAGGAAAAGGAGGAAUAUUAUAAGACUUCAGAACAGUACGAAAUAUGCAACAGUUUUGAAAACAUAGGAAUUGAUGAAGGAUUGUUAAGAGGAAUUUAUGCAUACGGAUUUGAAAAGCCAUCAGCUAUUCAGCAGAGAGGAAUAAAACCAAUUUUAAAUGGAAGAGAUGUGAUUUUACAGAGUCAAAGUGGUACAGGGAAAACAUGUGUUUUUGCUGUUGGUGCAUUAAAUUGUGUUAAUAGGAACUUAAGUGAGACACAAGUAAUCAUAUUAUCUCCCACAAGAGAACUAGCUGAACAGACACAAAAGGUAUGUUUAGCAUUAGCAGAUUAUAUACAUGUAACUAUAUAUUGUUGUAUUGGAGGGAAAAAAAUGAGUGAUGAUAUUAAGGCAUUAAAUAAUGGAGUACAUGUUAUUAGUGGAACUCCAGGGAGAAUUUAUCAUAUGUUAAAUUUGAGACAUUUAAAAUGUAAAUAUAUAAAACAAUUAGUUAUUGAUGAAGCAGAUGAAAUGUUAAACAAAGGGUUUAAGGAACAGGUUUAUGACAUUUAUCGCUUUUUAUCACCCAAUACUCAAAUUGUUCUAUCCUCAGCUACACUACCACAAGAGGUACUAGAAAUAACGAACAAAUUUAUGCACAAGCCUGUGAAGAUAUUAGUGAAAAGAGAUGAAUUAACUUUAGAAGGAAUUAAACAAUUCUUUGUUUCUAUUGAAAAAGAGCAAUGGAAAUAUGAAACACUUGCUGACUUAUAUGAAAGUUUAACCAUUACACAAGCAGUUGUUUUUUGCAACACAAAAUUAAAAGUAGAUUGGUUGGCAAAAAAAAUGCAAGAAUCCAAUUUUACCGUUUGUAAAAUUCAUGCAGGAAUGAGUCAAAGUGAAAGAGAUGAUAUAAUGUUGAAAUUUAGACAGUGCAAAUUUCGAGUUCUUAUAUCUACGGAUAUAUGGGGUAGAGGUCUGGAUGUGCAGGAAGUUUCCCUUGUUGUUAAUUAUGAUUUGCCCAAUUCUAGAGAGAGCUACAUUCAUAGAAUUGGUAGAAGUGGUCGAUUUGGCAGAAAGGGAGUGGCCAUCAACUUUGUCAAAAAUGAUGAUAUAAAAAUUUUAAGGGACAUUGAACAGUACUACUCCACGCAGAUUGACGAGAUGCCCAUGAACAUAACGGAGUUGCUGUGA